CACUCAUUCAGGUACUUAAGACCCUGGACACCCCAACCGCGGCUUUCAAAGCCUACAGAGUGGCGAGGGCUGUUUAUAUAAACAGGGAUUCCUCCAAAGGCGCUGACAUCCUGAGGCCAGCGUAUGGCGAGCGCCUCCCACUUCCAUCCUUAGGAGCGGCGUCCCCGGCCGCCCCUGGGUUCCUGGCCUGCCCUGUUCCCCCAUCUUCUUCCCCUCCUCGGCCAUGGCUACCUCUGGACGCCUCGGCUUCACCGUGCGCAGCCUCCUGAAUUUACCCGAACAGGACGCGCAGCCCCGGGUGAGGGGCGAGCAACAGAUGUGCGUUCCUCAGACCGCCGCCUGGAUGGAGUCGGAGCGCAGUCACUACCCUUCCUCAGAUGAGAGCGGCCUGGAGACAAGCCCCGCAGACUCAUCGCAGCUAGCUUCUCUUGGGCGGGCGUCCCCCGGCUCCGACGCGGAGAAGAGGAGGAAGCGGCGGGUGCUGUUCUCCAAGGCCCAGACCUUGGAGUUGGAGCGGCGCUUUCGGCAGCAGCGCUACCUGUCGGCUCCCGAGCGGGAACAGCUGGCUCGACUUCUGCGCCUCACGCCCACGCAGGUCAAGAUCUGGUUCCAGAACCACCGCUACAAGCUGAAGCGUGGGCGAGCGCCAGGGGUCACAGAGUCUUCCGAUAUGGCAGCAUCAGCUGAUCUGCACGCCGCUCCCGGCCUGCUGCGCCGCGUAGUGGUACCCGUGCUGGUUCACGACCGGCCACCGUGCAACGGCAGGAGUGAGGGGACCGCUGCGGUGCCCCAGGACAAGUGCAGCGCACGCCCGGCCACGGCGUGCCCAGUACCAGGCUAUGCCGCUUUCGGACCGGGUUCGGCGCUAGGCCUGUUCCCUGCCUACCAGCACUUAGCAUCACCAGCUCUGGUCUCCUGGAACUGGUGAGGCUGCUGCGGGGUGCCUAGAGCCACCCUAGCCUUGGGACAUUGCUAUUUGGCGCAGUAGAGCUACAGCCGCAUCAAAGUCAGGAGGUGACCCUUGCAGGGGGCCCUUCUUGAGUCCUGGGUCCCUGGGUUGUCCUAACUAGCAAUGGCAAAAAACAAAAACAAAAAACACACGCAAGGGACUUUCUCCAAAACUCUUGAUUGUUGCCCCACCGCCAAUUCCAGAGCUAGAUUUUGUUUCUUGAUCAUUAUUUGUAUAUUUUUAAAUAGUGACUUGUAUGAAGCAACUUAUUUUUAAA